CCCGCCCCCGGCUAGGAGCGCUUCCGGAGUCCCGCGCGUGAGCCGCGGAUCCACGCAGGCAUGGUGGCUUUGGGGUUUGUGUUUGGGCUGGUGCUAACAGUUCUUUGGGUCGGCAGAAGUGCAGGUAUCUAUUUCCGUUUUGCGUCAUACAUCAAUAAUUACAUGGUGCUGCAGAAGGAGCCUGCAGGAGCAGUAAUCUGGGGCUUUGGUACACCUGGAGCCACAGUGGUAGUGACCUUGUGCCAAGGUCAGGACAUCAUCAUGAAGAAAGUGACCAAUGUGAAAGCGCCCUCUAACUCCUGGAUUGUGGUACUGGAUCCUAUGAAGGCUGGGGGACCUUAUGAAGUGAUGGCACAACAGACUUUGGGGACAAUGAAUGUCACCUUGGAAGUUCAUGAUGUCUUGUUUGGAGAUGUCUGGCUUUGCAGUGGGCAGAGUAACAUGCAGAUGACUGUUUUACAGGUCUUCAAUGCCACACAGGAGUUGUCCAACACUGCUGCCUACCAGUCCAUCCGUAUCUUCUCUGUCGCUCUCAGGCAGGCAGGACAGGAGCUGGAGGACCUUGAUGCAGUUGACUUGCCAUGGUCCAAGCCCACUUCAGAAAAUCUAGGCCAUGGAAAUUUCACAUACAUGUCAGCAGUAUGCUGGCUCUUUGGGCGUUAUCUGUAUGACACUCUGCAGUAUCCUGUUGGGCUGAUCUCCUCUAGCUGGGGUGGGACACCCAUUGAAGCCUGGUCAUCUGGAAGAUCACUGAAAGUUUGUGGAGUCCUUAAGAGACGGUUUGUUCCAGGGAAUGAGGAUCAUGGAGCAGGUGAUCUGGUGAGACCUGUGGAUCUUGCUGAUUUCAGGUCCAUUCCACCAGAUUCAGUAACUGGUCCAAGAGAGCACUCUGUUCUCUGGAAUGCCAUGAUCCAUCCACUGCAGAAUAUGACACUGAAAGGAGUGGUGUGGUACCAGGGGGAAGCUAAUAUGGAUUAUAACAGGGAUCUGUAUAAUUGCACUUUCCCUGCACUCAUUGAAGAUUGGCGCCAGACCUUCCACCGUGGCUCCCAGGGGCAGACUGAGCGCUUCUUUCCAUUUGGAUUUGUUCAGCUAUCGUCAUACUUGCCUGUAAGCAUGUCUGACUAUGGGUUUCCUGAGAUCCGCUGGCAUCAGACAGCAGACUUUGGCUCUGUCCCCAACCUGAUGAUGCCUGGUGCUUUCAUGGCCGUUGCUAUGGAUCUCUGUGACAGGGACUCACCUUUUGGCAGCAUUCACCCUCGAGAUAAACAGACUGUGGCUUAUCGUCUGCACUUGGGGGCCCGUGCUGUGGCUUAUGGUGAGAAGAACUUGACCUUCCAAGGACCAUUGCCUAAGAAGAUAGAGCUCUUGACUUCCAGUGGGCUGCUCAACCUUACAUAUGACCAGCAAAUCCAGGUGCAGGGGCAGGAUAAUAUAUUUGAGAUCUCCUGUUGCAGUGACCAUCAGUGCAAGUGGCUGCCAUCUCCCAUGAACACGUUCUCCAUCCACAUUCUGACCUUGGAUAUCAGUUCUUGUCCUGGCACUGUGGCUGCUCUUCGUUAUGCCUGGACCACAUGGCCUUGUGAAUACAAGAAGUGCCCAGUUUACCACUCCAGCAGUACCCUGCCAGCUCCUCCCUUCAUUGCCUUCAUUACAGAUCAGGCUCCUGGACAUUAGACCAGGGUUGCCAGAUAGCAUUUGCAGCAUUGUACAAUCUUAACUACAAGGGAGGGUCCUUUAGAUUGUGCACUUGAGAGUUAAAAUGAUAACUGUUGCUUUUAAAGGAAAUUAACAGAAAGUGUCAUUGCACAACUCCCAGAUAGCUUGUGAUUGUGCCAAUGUUAUGAGAUGAGCCAGGGCUUGCAGGAACUUGAAAUGCUCAUCUUUGUCCCUUAGUCUAAGCCUCUGAACUACAAUGAAAUUGGGUACCAGUGCCACUCCCCUUGUGUCACUGGGAGUGAAGUGCCUAUUUCCCCCACUUUUCCCCUAGAACUGUGGAAUCUCAGGCCUGGAAGCAAUUUCAAAGGCAGUGGAGGCUGGUAUUUCAUGGUAUCCUUCGCAAACUCCUGGUGGUUUCUAUAUGAAGUUUCCAAGUCUUUCAUUAUAUGGAACUGAUUUUUUUUUCCCUCAGGAAACCUUACUACUUUAUGACAGUCUCUCAGGCAACUGAAGACAGAUUUAUUUGUAUUCUCAUUAAGUCCCAAACAAUUGUUAUUUCAGUCUACUGAAUGAUAAUUUGAAUGUUUAAGGCAAACAUAUUACAUAUCAGCCUCAUAUUCAGGCAUAUUUGGGGUGCUAAAGACCUGCCUUAGGGAAUAAAGACACAGGAGCUAGGGCACACAUUCAGGUGAGGGGUGGGGAAAUCACAGGCAUACAACACAUGAAAGCAAACAGAAGUAACUGAGGCAAACAAGUCUUCAGACAGAAGUCUUAGGCUGUUUAGAGACAAAGGGUCUAACUAAGGUUAAUCCCUACAGAAAAAAAGACAGUGAGGCCACAUGAUAAGCUUACAGAACAAAGGCGAAAUGGGUUUUUAUGUAUACUUUUAAGAACCAUAAUGCAGCUUAUUGGCUGAUCAGAAAUAGCUGACAGCUCUUGAAAAUUCUAUUACAAAUUGUGUUACUUUUGUUGUUGCGACAAAACACCUGACAAGAAUGAUUCAAGGAGGAAAAGGGUUUAUUUUGCUUCAGAGUUUGAGAGUACAGGCCAUUGUUUCUGGCAAGUCAUGUGGGAAGGAGCUGAGGCAGCUGGUCACAUUGAUUGUACUCAUCAAGUUGAGAGGGAUGGAUGCUGAUGUUCAGCUCAUUUUCUCCUGUUGUAUUCAGUCUGAGACCCCAGCCCAUGAAACUGUGCCACCUACCCACAUUUAGAGCAGGCCUUACCACCUCAAUUACCUAGAGACUCCCCCUUAGAUAUGCCUAGAGGUUUGUCUCCUGAUUCUAGAUCCUGUUGACAAUCAGUACUGACCAUCACACUAGUUAAAAUUAUAUUCACAUCAGACUUAAAAUUCUCCUUGGGGGCUGGGGAGAUGGUUCAGUGGCCAAGACAUUUGUCUGCAAAGCCUAACAAGCCAAGUUCAUUUCCCUAGUACCCAUGUAAAGCUAGGUGCACAAAGUGGCACAUGUAUCUGGA